AUGACUAUUCAAAAAACCAUGCACAAGGUGACCACCAAAGAGCAAGCCAUCGAGCUCCUUGAUUCCUACGAUUCGUUCCUUUUCGACUGCGACGGAGUCAUCUGGCUCGACAACGACUUGAUUCCAGGUGUGCUGGAACUUAUAGACCAUCUUAAAACCACCAAGAAGAAAUACGCCUUUGUCACCAAUAACUCGUCUAGAUCCAGAGAAAACUAUCUUUCAAAAUUUGCCAAACUUGGCUUUUCCGAUGUGUCGAAAAACAUGAUUUUUCCCACUUGCUACUCAGCAGCACUCGUGCUUAGAGAACGGUUCCAAAUUCCUGAGGGUUCCAAGGUUUGGGUUCUUGGAGACGGUGGAAUUGAAGAAGAACUUCGUGAAUGUGGGUACAUUCCCGUUGGAGGCACCGAUAGCCGUUUGGAUGACGAGUGGGACCCCGAUCACGAACUUCUAGACGUGGACCCAGAAGUCAAGGCUGUGGUGGUGGGAUCUACCAAGAAACUCAAUUACUUACGUAUUGCCACUACUGUUCAGUACCUUCUUCAUGACCACAAGGCUCUUCCUUUCAUCGGAACGAAUAUUGAUCGCACGUAUCCUGGACCCAAAGGACGAAUCUUGCCAGCUGGAGGUUCGGUGGUCUUGUUCAUGAAAUACACUUGCGACAGGGACUUUGUUGAUGUUGGCAAGCCUAGCCGUGUACUUUUGGACGCAAUUUUGGAGCUGACGAAUUUUGAGAGGGACCUGACAUUGAUGGUUGGUGAUACUUUGUACACUGAUAUCAAAUUUGGUAAUGAUGGAGAGUUGGGCGGAGAUGCUGGAGGAACAUUGUUGGUUUUGAGUGGAGGAACUAAGGCCAGAGAUUUGGAGAGCCUUGACGAUAGCGAUGUUUCGUUACAGCCGUCGUAUUAUAUUGAAUCUUUGGGUCACUUGGUGGAGUUGAUGAGACUGUGA